CCAAGACCCGCCAGCCGCCAGCCGUUGACGACGUGUCCGCUAGCGCACCGCUCUUUCUCACCGCGCGCCAGCCGAAAGUCUCUUUCUCGCCCAGGCCUCUUUUCCGCCUAGCCUCACCGCGCUUUCGAGGCGCACAACCCUAGAAGCACUUGAUGGCCACUACCCACCACCCGCGCCGCGCCCUGGUCCUCUAUGGCUCCGAGACGGGAUCUGCUCAGGAUGUGGCCGAGGAGAUGGGACGGGUCGCUGAGCGUCUGCGCUUUACCACAGAGGUGGCGGAGUUGAACGCUGUCAGUCUUGUAUGUCGACGACCAUGUAUACUCCAUCUAGACUUUCGUUUGACUCUCUGUGCAGAAGCAACUGCUGCAGCACAGCGUCGUUUUGAUCUCCAUAUCCACCACAGGCCAGGGUGAACUACCAGCGAACAGCCAGACCUUCUGGAGAGCCCUGCGAAGUGCAAGACUCAGGCCCGGAUGUCUGCACCACAUGAGGUUUGCUUCUUUUGGUCUGGGAGACACUUCGUACCCCAAGUUCAACUGGGCGCACCGUAAACUCUACAAUCGCCUCAUACAGCUGGGAGCCCAGCCGGUUUGCGAUCGGGGCGAGUCUGACGAGCAGCAUCCAGAAGGAAUCGACGGCUCGUUUCUCCCGUGGUCGACAAACCUGCGCCACCGCCUCCUUGAAGAAUACCCCUUGCCAAAAGGUGUUCAUCCAAUACCAGACGACGUUCUCCUAGACCCAAAAUGGGUGCUCGCCUUUGUAGACAAUAGCUCAGCAGCCCCCCAAACACUUGAAUUAGUCCCAGAGGCAACAACAAAUGGCGACACCGUAGACACACCCCCUCUAGACCUCCUCAACAUCCCCAAUGGCAUCACCGCACAAGUCACUUCCAAUGAGCGCAUCACACCCACCACGCACUUCCAAGAUGUCCGACACCUCAAACUAUCACUCGCAGGCACCCAUCCCUACGUGCCCGGCGAUGUACUCACUCUCUACCCCAAGAACUUCCCCUCGGACGUAUCGAACUUCAUCUCGCUCAUGGACUGGACACCCAUCGCUGACGUACCCCUACACUUCGUUCCCUCCGCACCCUCAGUAUCACCAACAGCGACACUACCAAUUCCACACGUUUCCCACAGCGCUACUAUCACGCUAAGAAGGCUGUUAACAAACCAUCUGGAUAUCAUCGCCAUCCCCCGCCGCUCCUUCUUCGCCCAACUAGCACACUACACAACCGACCCCUUCCACCGCGAUCGCCUCCUCGAAUUCACGAACCCAGAAUACAUUGACGAACUGUACGACUACACGACCCGCCCGCGCCGCAGCAUCCUCGAAGUCUUACAAGAAUUCGAAUCCGUCAAGAUCCCCUGGCAACGCAUAUGCAGCAUCAUCCCCGCACUGCGCGGCCGCCAGUUCAGUAUUGCAAGUGCGCUGAAUGCCUCUGCUGCGAUACAUGGCAAAACGGAGAUUGAGUUGCUGAUUGCCAUUGUCAAGUAUAAGACGGUUAUCAAGCGGAUUAGGCAGGGUGUUGCGACGCGGUAUAUUGCCUCGCUUGCGUCUGGGCAAGACAUAACUGUUACACUAAGUAAAGGCGGGCUGGGCGUCAGUGCAAAAGAGGUAGAUAGGCCGGUCGUCAUGGUUGGCCCGGGCACGGGCGUCGCGCCUAUGCGGGCGUUAAUCUACCAACGAAAGCAGUGGCGGGAAGAAGCUCGUGGAGAUGCAGCAGCCAGCGAUGCCGCGCAAGUAAAAGAUCUACUCUUCUUUGGAUGUAGGAACGCCGAGGCAGAUUACUUCUUCAAAGACGAGUGGGCAGCGUUGAAGAAAGAGCAUGUGCCGCUAGAUGUCUUCGCUGCGUUCUCGCGAGAUCAGCGGCAAAAAGUCUACGUCCAAGACCUCAUCCGCCAAGAAAGCUCACUCAUCUACGACGCCCUUUCUAAGAAGAACGGAAUCAUCUAUAUAUGCGGCUCCUCGGGCAAAAUGCCUCAAGCGAUACGCGAAGCCCUCAUUGAAGGGUUCCAAGAACAUGGUUCUUUGAGCAGAGAUGAAGCAGAGCAGUAUUUAGCAGGGAUGGAGAAGGGUGGUCGGUAUAGGCAGGAGACGUGGUGAUUAUUGCUACAAUUUGAUAAUGCGGAUAUAAGAAAAAAUCAAUUUUGAUACGGAUGAUAUUCAGGGUGGUUUGUCCAACAAAUGUACAAUGAACCCAGGACCCUCCACUACCACAACUACCAAAGAAAACGCGCAGACUCUUUCAACACCUGGUAUGAAAGUGAUACGUGUGAGACGACCGCCUAGCUGGGCGACAUCGACCGUGAACUUUCCUCCGAAAGAGCCCUUUGCUGCACCACCAUCCAACCCGGUUCCUGGUCUUCCAAUAUCUCAAAUGGUCCCGGCCCAUAAAGUUUCUCUGAUAUGGACGUAAAUCGCACACCCACAUUAGCAAAGGCUUGCUUCACCUCUAUCACGCCUGGAGGGAAUAUGCCGAGCUGUGGCGGCCAACCCUUCAAGAUUAAUUUCUGUAGUCUAGGUAGUGCCGACUUUACCACGGACGCAAGUGAGUGGAGGAA